AUGGCUGAGGAAUCUGCGAAUGAAAAGCCUCCUGCUGAAGAAUCCUUCCUCUCGCAGCCGAACUCCAAUGCCCAGGGCCAACUCACCGCGGCUGUCGACGAACUCCUAGACCAACUUCAAAGCAAGUUCGACAAUGUCUCGAAGGAGGUAUUCGGGAAGUUGGACGACAUGACUCGUCGUUUGGACGAACUGGAGGCUUCUCUGACUUCAUCGGGAGGCGGCUCGACUGCGACAUCAACGCAAUAA